CACUAAUACGCUGUCUGCACCUACCGCCGACAAACCGAAAGAUUAGAAAGAAGAACUUUGUAUUGGGGUUUGUAACGCUGCUGGAUGUUAAUGCGGUAAAUCAAGGGGAGUUUCCUGUGUCACUGCAGGAAUGUCAGGAGAAGACAAUGUGGAGUUUGGGGGAAGCCUUCCUGCCAUUGCCUCCCUGAACACAUCAUAUUCAACAUCGCUGUCGCUCCCUCCCCCGUACUUCAUGUUGCCACCCGCAGAGCGACGGGCCAUCUCUGAUGUCCGUCGCACCUUUUGUCUCUUUGUCACUUUUGAUCUUCUCUUCGUUUCCCUUCUCUGGAUGAUUGAGCUGAAUAUCUCCAACUCAAUCUGGGAUAAUUUAGAGAAUGAGGUCAUCCAUUACAAGUUCACAUCAUCCUUCUUUGACAUUGUUAUCCUUGCCGUGUUCCGUUUUCUCUGUUUGCAAGUGGGUUAUGCUGCUUUUCGUUUGAGGCAUUGGUGGGUCAUUGCGAUCACCACUUUAGUGACCACAGUCUUCCUAGUUGUUAAGGUCAUCAAAUCUGACCUUCUUUCCCAGAAUGCCUUUGGUUAUGUGUUGUCCAUCACUUCCUUUGUGGUGGCGUGGUUGGAGACAUGGUUCCUUGAUUUCAAGGUGCUCCCUCAGGAAGCUGAUGAUGAGAGAGCCUACCUAGCAGCUGUGAAUGCAGCCUGUGUACGUGCCCCCACGAUCUACCCUCAUGCUUUUUCAGAUGGACAGUUCUACUCACCCCCAGAAUCUGUGGCAGGGUCUGAUGAUGAUUUGGAUGAGGAGGGUCUUGGGCGCAGAGCCGUCACUGUCCAGGAUGAGUAUGUCAGACAGGGUCGUGAGGCUGUGUCUGUGGUGGAGCAGAUCCUGGCCCAGGAGGACAACUGGAAAUUUGAAAAAAACAAUGAUAUGGGAGACUCUGUGUACACUCUGGAGAUUCCCUUCCAUGGAAAGACUUUUAUUCUGAAGGCCUUUAUGCAGUGUCCUGCUGAGCUUGUGUAUCAAGAGGUGAUUCUGCAGCCUGAGAAGAUGGUUCAGUGGAACCGAACUGUUUCUGUCUGCCAGAUCCUCCAGAGGGUGGACGACAACACUGUAGUAUCAUAUGACGUCUCAUCUGGAGCAGCAGGGGGAGUGGUUUCUGCAAGAGACUUUGUUAAUGUCCGACGAGUGGAACGCAAGCGAGACUGUUAUCUGUCGGCCGGCAUGGCAACUGACCAUGACGCCAAGCCACCAUGUAGCCGCUACGUCAGAGGAGAGAAUGGUCCAGGAGGGUUUGUUGUCCUCAAAUGCACCACUAACCCAUCUGUGUGCACCUUUAUCUGGGUCCUCAACACAGACCUGAAGGGACGUCUGCCUCGCUACCUCAUCCACCAGAGCUUGGCUGCCACCAUGUUUGAAUUCAUGACCCACUUGCGCCAGCGUAUCGCCGAAGUGCUCCCCUCCCCACGGUCCCAUCACCAUGUUUAAAGCGGAAUCAGUGCCUUCACUGUGCCACGGCUGGCUGAGAGGCGUGCCUGAACUGAAGAGUGGCACGCAGAGCCUUGUAAGUGUCAGAGAUCCAGACAUGUCGGUGCACAUUCCUCACAUUUCAGAUUUUGGGCAGGAGGAAUCAUUUGGUUAUCAGAGAUGUUGCUCAUCCUUAAACAGCACCUAUGUUUGUGGUUUUUGUUAUUUUUUUUAUGUAUGUGUAAAUGCAUUUGUUUCCCAAAGCUGCUGAGCCACAUUAAGUCAAGCUGGACUUCACUGAAAACAAAGAUGACUUGUGUGAAGAUCUUGAUUAUCGCUCGGCUGGCCUCUGUGUCACUGGUUACUCACAAAAAA